GAACAGAGGUGAUUGAAGUAUUUGGUAAUCAAAACCCACAUUCUGAAGGGAUUGCCAAACUAAAAAUUGUAAGAAAACUGUAAACUCUAAUCAUUUCACUAGCAUACAUUAUAUCUUUUAGAAUGCAGUUAUAGUUUGACGCAUUGAUUCCAAUUGUGCAAACUGAUGACCAUGAUCAUCAAUGAAACGAUACGAUUAUAUCCUCCAGUAAAUGGCAUGGUAAGAAAAGUUGGAAGAGAAGCUCAAUUGGGAAAGCUCAUCCAUCCUACUAAUAUAGAGUUCACCAUCCCAAACAUGGCACUUCACCAUGACCCUGAACUAUGGGGAGAUGAUGUUCAUCUUUUCAAACCAGAGAGAUUCGCUGAAGGGAUAGCCAAAGCUACCAAAUACAAUGCGGCUGCAUUCAUUCCCUUUCGAUUGGGACCUCGCUCUUGCGUUGGUAUGAGCUUUGUUACCACAGAAACAAAGAUUGCUCUCUCCAUGAUUCUGCAAUGCUACACCAUUACCCUCUCCCCAGCCUAUGUCCACUCACCAUUAGCACUUCUCACACUUAAGCCACAACAUGGGAUUCAGUUGUUGUUUCAUCCCCUGCAUGAAUGA